GAUCAUGACGUUUGUAUACAAGGCAAAGAUUUUUGGUUUUUCUAAUAAAAACCUUGCGAAAAAAAAAAAUUAUUUUCUUGUUCUUUUCUCUUUUCAUCCGAUUUUUUUUUUAAAAACAAAAAAAAUUACACACAUGUCUGCCGAUACUCCACAAAAAGAUGUUUACAACCCGCUCUUAUUUGAAAUUGCUUGGGAGGUAGCCAAUAAAGUUGGUGGUAUUUAUACUGUUAUCAAAACAAAGGUGCCAGUUACUGUCCGUGAAUUUGGUGACCGCUACUGUUUGAUCGGUCCUUUGUCUUACAAGACAGCCCCAAUGGAGGUGGAAGCGCUUGAUCCUCCUGCUGGUAUCAUCCGGGAUACUCUGGAUAUCAUGUCUUCUCAAGGCGUAAAAUACUUGUUUGGUCGAUGGUUAGUUGAAGGAGCUCCCUAUGUGCUUUUGUUCGAUACAGGUAGUGUCUUUGAUCGCUUGGAUGAAUGGAAAGGGGAUCUCUGGCGUGUAGCAGGUAUUCCUAGUCCUCCCAGUGAUCAAGAAACCAACGAAGCUAUUUUGUUUGGUUAUAUGGUCACUUGGUUCCUUGGUGAAAUCUCAAAAAAGUACAAUGAACAAGCAUCUUUACCCGAUUCACCAGCACCGGCUAUUAUUGCUCAUUUCCAUGAAUGGUUAGCUGGUGUGGCUAUUCCUCUGAUCAAGAAGCGUAAAAUUGAUGUUACAACUAUCUUCACAACACAUGCUACGUUGUUGGGACGUUAUCUUUGCGCUGGUUCGGUCGAUUUUUACAAUAAUCUUCGGGAUUUUGAUGUCGACCAUGAGGCUGGUAAACGUGGUAUUUAUCAUCGCUACUGUAUUGAAAGGGGUGCUGCACAUUGCUCGGAUGUUUUUACAACUGUAAGUCAUAUUACUGCCUAUGAAAGUGAGCAUCUUUUGAAACGUAAACCAGAUGGCGUAUUACCAAACGGUUUAAAUGUUGUAAAGUUCCAAGCUGUUCACGAGUUCCAAAACAAACAUGCCUUAAAUAAGGAAAAGAUCAAUGAUUUUGUCCGGGGUCAUUUCUAUGGUCAUUAUGAUUUUGAUUUGGACAACACUGUUUACUUUUUCACUGCUGGUCGUUACGAAUAUCGAAAUAAAGGUGUUGAUAUGUUUGUAGAAUCUCUUAGUCGUUUGAAUGAUCGCUUAAAGGCUGCUAAAUCAAACACCACAGUUGUCGCUUUCAUUGUUAUGCCCGCUGCCACAAGAUCUUUCAACGUUGAAGCUCUUAAGGGUCAAGCUGUUACAAAGCAAUUAAGAGAAACCGUGAAUGAAAUCCAAAGUCGCAUUGGUAAGCGCAUUUAUGAAAGUGCUUUAAGAGGAGGAGAAUUGGAUACAGCUGAAUUCUUGUCAAGCGAAGAUAAAGUCCUUUUGAAACGUCGUGUGUUUGCCUUGAAAAACCAAAGCUUGCCUCCCAUUGUUACUCACAAUAUGGUUGACGAUGGUCUUGAUCCUAUCAUUAAUCAAGUAAGAAGACUCGGUUUAUACAACAAGCCUGAAGAUCGUGUCAAAACAAUUUUCCAUCCUGAAUUCUUAAACGCUAAUAACCCCUUAUUGGGCCUUGAUUACGAAGAUUUUGUUAGAGGUUGUCAUCUUGGUGUUUUCCCCUCUUAUUAUGAACCUUGGGGUUAUACUCCUGCUGAGUGUACUGUGAUGGGUGUACCUUCUAUCACAACAAAUUUAUCUGGUUUUGGUUGUUUCAUGGAUGAAAAUAUCGAGAAUUGCGAGGAUUAUGGUAUUUAUAUUGUGGACAGACGUCUUAAAUCUGUUGAGGAGUCCAUUCAACAAUUAUGUGAGCAAAUGUUCAGAUUUUGCCAAAAGACUCGUCGUCAACGUAUCAAUCAACGUAAUCGUACUGAGAGAUUAUCAGACUUACUGGAUUGGAAGCGUAUGGGAUUAGAAUAUAUCAAGGCUCGUCAAUUAGCAUUACGUCGUGUAUAUCCCGAUUCAUUUGUCGAUGACGAAGAAGAAGAAGAGGUAGCGAUAAAAAAGAUCCCCAAGCCCUUGUCUGCCCCUGCCAGUCCUCGUAUACGUAACUUAGUCAAUGGUUACUUCAAUGGCCAAAACGACGAAGAUGAUGAAGAAGAUGAUUUGGCUAUUCCUUUGGCAAGAAAAGAGUUCCCUGCUCUUAAUAGAAAAGGAAGCGAAGGCGACUCACGUGAAGCAGAACUGCUGAGAGAGGGUGAUAUCAUGACAUUAAAUAAGCUUACUUUGGAAGAGAAAAAGCAAAGACAUCAUUAAUUGCUGUAACAGAAAGCAUAAAAUAUCCGUACAUACAUAAUACAUGAAUAAAACAAAAAUAUCUUUUUCGGCGCUAAA